AUGCCCCCCGAGCUCAUCCCGGGCCACGCGUAUCUGCGUGUGUCGUCCGCCACCGCACCCGACACCCUCACUGGUGCUCUUUCAUCGAGUGUGGACGGCUCAACGGUGCAGCUCACGUACCGCGGACAAGUGGGCGAGCUUGCCGACGAGCACAUUUACGAAGUGACCAACAGUGGCAAGGCCAUCGAUCCCAGUUUGCUGGACGCUGGUGUUGUGAACGCGGUCAAGAGCGUGCCGGGUGUCAAGGAGGUGGAGGUUCUCGUGCACAAGCAACGUGCACGCCGCGACGAGUUUUAG